AUGCUUAUCUGCGACUACCAUGUCCUCCUAGUAUGUUUACCACACCAAAGCCAUAUCAACCCCACUCUCCGACUAGCCACCAAACUCGCACGUGCCGGUGCGCAAGUCACCUUUGCUACCACCGUAGAUGGCCUCAACAACCUCAAAAACCGCCCUUCCCUCCCCACUUUAUCUUAUGAUUCCUUCUCUGAGGAGGGCGCCAAAGGAAAAACAAAUUACCUUGAAGAAAUCAAGCGUGUGGGUUCAGCUAGCCUUAAAAAUCUCUUGUUGACAAAAGCUGAAAAUGGUCAAAAGAUUAAUUUCAUAAUUUAUGGUCUCGCCCUCCCAUGGGUGGCUGAGGUGGCACGUGAACUUCACGUGCCAUCAGCAUUUUUCUUUUUCCAAUCUGGAAUAUCAUUUUCGGCGGUGUAUAACUUUUUCAAAAGUAAUGGUGGGUUAAUAAAUUCCAAAUAUGACACUAAUAGUACAAUAAAAAUACCAGGAUUACCAUUGUUAAAUUACGAUGAACUCCCUGGCUAUUUACAACCAUCACAUGCAUCAUAUUCACCCAGGCCCUCUUUUAUAGAACACAUUCAAAUCCUAGAAAAGUGUCCAAACCCUUUAGUCCUAAUCAACUCAUCUGAAGAAUUAGAAGAAACAUCAACUAUAUCGAUACCAAAUCAUAUAACCAUUUUCUUUACCGGGUCAUUAGUAUAUAAUGACAUCAAGAAACCAUUGGUGUGUGAUAUUUUCGACGAUUUGGAUCGUGGAAAAUACCUCCAAUGGCUAGAUUCCAAACCCGAUAAAUCAGUUAUAUACGUUUCAUUUGGGAGCAUAGCGGAGUUACACAAAAAUCAAAAGGAAGAACUAUUCCAAGGACUAAUUCUAUCCGGGUAUUCAUUUUUGUUAGUUUUACGUGAUCACGAAGAGUUGAUCAAAGAAAAUUAUCACACAUUGGAAAAGGAUAAUUAUUUGAUAGUGAAAUGGUGUUCACAAGUGGAGGUUUUGAACCAUGCAUCAAUUGGGUGUUUUGUGAUGCAUUGUGGAUGGAACUCGAUAAUGGAGAGUGUGUUGAGUGGCGUGCCGGUUGUGGGGUGUCCGCAGUUUGCGGAUCAAAUGAUGAAUGCAAAGAUGGUGGAGCAAGUGUGGGGGAAUGGGGUGAAGGCGGUUGAGGAUGGUGAUAGUGACGGUGUGGUUGGGAGGGAAGAGACUAAGAGGUGUUUGAUGGUGGUGAUGGGUGAUGAAAUGAUAAAAAUGAAAUGUGAGAAAUUGAAGUACAUUGCCAUGAAAGCUAUGGGAGAUUGUGGGUCUUCAAGUAAACAUUUGGAGCACUUGUUUAAAUACUUUGAAGAUGUUUUAGCAUGA